AUGCCAGGUGGCCGACAAAAAAAAAUCAAGCAGUGCAGCGGGGUUAUAGCCAACCGGACAUUAGCAAAUUUGCUUACCCGCAGAAGGAACAUAAGCGAUGGAGUGAGUCGUCUGAUAAUUCUAUCCUUCAUCGGUCUUUCAAUGCUGCUGCUUUCACAGACCGCCUAUUCGAAUGACCUUCAGCUACGAGAACCCCAAGUGCUUUCAUAUCAUUCAUACCGCUCUAGUCCCAAAGACUGGCUAGCUAGGCUUCAAAUGAGUCUCAGUCAGUCGGGCAAUCGGAUGUCUUCGGUCAGCAACUUUUUGUAUCCUUUUCGAUUAAAAGCGGCGGCUCUCCACUGGAAGAUGCGUUCAAACAGAUUUGGCUCGCCUAAUUUAACGAUGGCCACUUUUUCCAUUUUGCCCUCUUCUAACUCAAUUGUACCAUCACGCAAGAUGAAGCAGCAAUCGCUGCAACGAGUCAGGCGCCAGGUGGAUAUAUUACCUUAUGAACCGUUUGUUAAACAUGAUCGAAGUGUACAACUUGGGCCUAUUUUCAACGAGCCAAGCCUGUUAAACAGUUCGGUCAUUACCCUGCUAGAAAAGAGUCGGGCAAAUGAAGAAUUUGCUGAAAAUAAGGUUGACUUGCGACAAAGCCGAGCCGAUGCUUUAGCAAACGGAAGUUGGGUGGACGGUAGAAAGACAACUGAAUCUACAGGACUAGCUAUGACUGUCCUGAUAGGCACAGCAUCCACCUUUCUAAGUCUUGCUACGCUCGUUGGAAACAUUCUCGUCAUUGUCGCUUUCUUUGUUGAGCGGGACCUUCGCACACAAACUAAUUAUUUCAUAGCCUCACUCGCUGUAACAGACGUAUUGAUUGGACUGUGCUCAAUGAACCUAUUUACACUUUACCUUCUGCUCGAAUAUUGGCCACUUGGAGAGGUGUUGUGCAAGUUAUGGCUGUCCCUUGAUUAUACAGCUUGCCUUACAAGCCAAUAUACUGUCUUUCUGAUUACAGUCGACCGAUACUGCUCAGUCCGAAUUCCAGCUAGCUACCGACAAUGGAGAACAAAACGCAAAGUACUCUGUGGUGUUGCUUUAACAUGGAUCCUUCCGGCCUGCCUUUUUUUUACUUCUAUCUUUGGCUGGCCAUACUUUACAGGUUCUCAAACAUCCACAAGAGCAUCAGAAAGACAGACAAUUGGCCCUAGUUGCUAUGCCGAAUUUACUGAAGAUUUAAUAUUCAACACUGUGCUCACCCUGAUCUAUUUUUGGUUAACACUGGUGGUAAUUUGCGCUCUCUACGCUGGUAUAUACCGAGUUGCAUUAAAGCUACAGCUCAAGUCAGAGGCACGUCGGCAACGCAUGAACCAACUUGUGCCUGUUAAAUGCUCUUCGUCAGGACGGUCGUUGACAAUAAGCAGGUCAGAUGACAUUGAGGCAGAGGAUGAAGAGGAAUUUGAGGAAGAAGAAGGGAGCGAGGAGGAUAGUAAGGAUAGAAUAUACUCCUUCCCAGGCAGCGGAGGAUGUAUGAGAAACAGUUUUUCAAAUUUCAGGCAUGUCAGAAGAAGCCCACGCCCUCGGAGACAACGGUUACUCUGCAGCUGCCUGAUUCCCGAAACAAGUGAAAGUAAGGCGAAAAGGUCCUUUAAGAACCAGCAAAUGAGACCUUCACACAUAGAAUCAGUUGUAACUACCUGCCCCCGAAAGAUUCAUGGACAUGCUACAGAUAGCUCGAUAUCUCUGGGCGUUCCAGACAAAUGUCAAGAUGUUAAAUGGUUUCAAGCGAUGGGACGGAGAUAUUGCGACGCAUGUUAUUCAGUUUCUGGUGAUACAAGUACGGGGAUCCAUGAAGGCUCUUGGUCUCAAAAGAACGAGCAGUCUAAUCACCGCACGAGUGUAAUUGGGAAAAAUAUGCUCUCAGCCUUGGGUGUGGUGGCCUCGGCAAAGACUUUCCUCUACACACCCGACUCAUAUAGCAAGCCGUCGAGCUCCGGAUGGGCCGGUGAGACCUCUGUGCGCGUCAGAGCUAAAGAAGUGGCUUUUUUAGCCAGAAGGAAGGAAAAAGCAGUUUCUAAACGUCUCAAGAAAGAGCUUCGCAUGCGACGAGUUGAUGAGGUUCGGGAAAGCCUUAAUCAAGCAGGGUUACCCUUAGAUGCAGGAAUGUAUUCUGGCCCAGAAGCUGGUCUAAAAUCCAACCAACUAUCUCUCUACCUUCUACAACAAAAUUCUGACCACAACCUAAGCCAAGUAACCUCCCCGUCUGGCACAUUCCCCUACUUCAGUCUGUGCAAACGAGCUCUCCCCAAAGAGAAAAAAACUCCAUCUUCCGACUACGGUCAUGUGCAUGGCUUUGCUACUGAUGCCCACUUAGUUCCCAGUGGAAUGACGAAGAAAAAUAUCGGUAACGGUGAAUAUGAUCGUUCAUGCCGACUUGAUGAGUUUUCGUUCAUCGACGAAGAAUGCAAUUACUUGAAUAAAGAUAUGUUAGCCCGAGGGCAAGCCACAUCUUCGAAUACUUGUAUCAUUUCCGCCUAUUCGACCAUGCCUUUAACCUCUGAUUCAACACCUUCUAAUGCAUUCGUUUGGACAGAGGCCGUACACACUGCCCUUUCUGCUGAUAGUCCUAACUACGCAUACUCUCUGACAGCCAAAGAAGCGUAUGUGAGUGCUGCCACAAACUACUUGAAUGAUACAGCCAUGGAAAUUAAAGAAGUCCCUUUAAAGCCCUCAGAGAUGGCAACCUUUAAAUCUAUUAAAGAGCAGGAAGGCGGUUUCUGCGGUAGACCAAGUUUCGCUUGCUUUUGUGGCUGUUCUCAUGUUGAUGAAGGCUUCAAUUCGGAUCAGAUGAGCAACAUCAAUCCAAUGAGUUCUGUUAAUGUGCCUUCUUUUGUGAUUCGUACACACAUGGAAGUACCGAAAUGGGCGGAGACAACUAGCUGCUGUUCAAACACUUUCUUCGAUAUGCAAGAUGGCCUUUCCAGAUUCACUUCAGCUGGUCAAUCUACUUUGGCUAUACUUCCCAAAUCUAGCCCUGAUAAGAAUGAAACCCAUCAAAUAUCUACGAGUUUGAGUUCUUUGAAAAUAUCUCAGAGCAGUCGGAUCACUCCUCCCUUUUCCCCCUCUCCACAGGCUCUCCUGAAGCUCACAAACUCUUCAGCAAUUAAUAUCUUUUCGACAUCUUCCUCUAAAAAGACGUCGAGAUUUCGGAUCAAUCCACGUCACCAACAAAAUCAAGAGCAAAUACAGCAACAGUUUAGGCGAAGUAAGACAGAGAAUCGGGCCUUCAAGGCCCUGCGCAUUAUAGGACUCAUACUGGGUGCCUUCGUUAUAUGCUGGACGCCUUAUCAUAUCUUCAUCCUUGUGCGAGGCUUCUGCAAACAGCGUCUCGGACAAACUUGCAUCAGCGACCGUUUGUAUAACCUCGCUUAUUGGCUGUGUUACCUAAAUUCUCCA